ACGGUGGGGGUCCUGACUGUGGCAGAGGCCUCUGUGUCUGGAGGGUAUCGCUGCGUCGCCUUCAACGCUGCCGGAGCAGAUCAGCUCCACGUCCACUUCUACGUCACAGAUGUCCCAGGAGGCUUCAGUGUGAGUCAGAGGGAGGAGCCUAGAGAGGGCGGAGACCUCCAUCUCACCUGUUCAGCCAAUAAGUACCUGUAUGGUGCGUUAUCAUGGCAACGGGUGAAUGACACAGGGCACGCCCAAUCACGCGGCCCCGCCCCGCAGCAGCAGCAGCUCACAUCCGGCGAGUUCUCCAAUUCACUGGUCCUGUUACUAAGCAACCUAACAGCCACAGACUCAGGAGCCUACAGAUGCUCCACCCACCACCUGGUCACCGGGCAGAACACACACAGGGACACACAGGUGGAGGUCACAAUUUUGGAGCCUCCAGUGCUGCUUGAUAAUCUCACAGAUUGCACAGUGAAUGUCAGCAGCUCCGUCUUCCUCAGCUGUCCGUCUGCAGGUGUCCCCCCCCCCACCGUCACAUGGUACAAGGACGAACAAGCUCUCUCUCAGGGAUCAGGUAUUGUGAUAUCCCCAGACGAUGGGACCCUCAACAUUGAUCGAAUCACAGCGGAGGACCAGGGUCUGUAUACGUGCCAGGCGACCAAUGAGAGGGGGUCUGCAGAGAGCUCUGCUUAUAUAUGGGUUAAUGGUGCCUCUGAAGCCUCCUUCCUGCAGAUCCCAGCUCUCACCUGUACCUGUGUGGUGGCCACUCUGCUCUGGCUGUUUCUGACCCUCGUCAUACGCAAACUGAAACAGCCCAGCAGCUCAAACACCAAACCAGAGUUCCUGUCAAUCAUUCUGGACAGAGGAGGCGGACCAAUGGAGGAGCCGUGCGAGAGACUCCAGUACGACCCCAGCCAAUGGGAGUUCCCUCGAGAGCGGCUCAAAUUAGGGAAGCCUCUGGGCCGCGGGGCCUUCGGGAAGGUGGUGCAGGCGGCUGCCUUCGGGAUAGAAAGCACCACCAGCUGCACCACUGUGGCUGUGAAGAUGCUCAAAGAGGGCGCUACAGCCAGCGAACACAAGGCUCUGAUGACUGAACUGAAGAUCCUCAAUCACAUUGGACAUCAUCUGAAUGUAGUCAACCUCCUGGGAGCAUGCACCAAGCCUGAAGGGCCACUGAUGGUCAUUGUCGAGUACUGUUGCUAUGGAAAUCUGUCUACCUUCCUGAAGGGCAAGAGAGAAGUGUUUGUGUACGACCGUGAUGGAGAGCCAGGUUUUGUCAGCAGUGUGUUUGAUGACAAUACAGAGAAUCACCUAGACACCAAGUCUGGCUCCAACUCUCCUUUAUUCCUGGAGGAUCUGAUCUCCUUCAGCUUCCAGGUGGUGCGGGGGAUGGAGUUCCUCGCCUCUCGCAAGUGUAUCCACAGAGACCUGGCAGCCAGAAACAUUUUGCUUUCUGACAAUAAAGUGGUGAAGAUCUGUGACUUCGGCCUGGCCAGAGACAUCUACAAAGACCCCGACUACGUCCGCAAGGGAGAUGCCCGCCUCCCUCUAAAAUGGAUGUCUCCAGAAGCCAUCUUUGACAAGGUGUUCACCACGCAGAGCGACGUGUGGUCCUUCGGCAUCCUGCUGUGGGAGAUCUUCUCUCUGGGAGGUUCUCCGUACCCUGGUCUUCAGAUAGAUGAAGAGUUCUGCCACAGACUGAAGGGGGGGACCAGGAUGCGAGCGCCUGAAUACAGCACACCUGAGAU